AUGAAAAAAGAAGGUUUUAUUAGCUUUAAAACAAAUGUCUAUAAAUUAAAUUAUUAUGAAACACCGACUGGUUUUAAAUUUAUAAUGAAUACAGAUUUAAAUGUGGGAAAUAUUCGUGAUAUACUACAUCAGUUGUAUAGUUCGAUAUUCGUUACUUAUAUUGUAAAAAAUCCAUUAUGUUCAACAAUCGAAACGAUUAAUAAUGACAAUGACAUAUUUAUUGAAAAACUAGAUGAAUUUAUUAGCACACUUCCAUUUUAUGUUCAGACAAUUAAUAACAAUACAGUGAGAUCAAAAUAG